UGAAAAAAUUGAGAAGUAUGGUUACACGAGCAUCCAGUGUGCCCCAUUUGAAUAGCAGUGGCGGAAGCAGCAAUGAAAGCGCCGCCGGUAGCGCGUCCGGAGAUAGCGGUCGUCGAAGUCGCCUGCCCAAUUCGCGUACACGACAUGCAGGUAAAAGUGUCACGGCCAUUCAGACACGCAGUACACCAGGCAGCAUGCCGCGUUCUCGAAGCCUCACCCACGGAAUGCAAAGAGUCACUCCUCAAAAGUCCUCAAAUAGUUCGGGUUCAGGGCGCUCGAGAAACACUCCAGUCUUUUUACGUUCCAGGGAAAACGAAAUUGGUAGUGCAGAUACUUUGGAAAUAGUGGCCUCGAAAUCCACUGGCAGUGAACCGUCGACACCGGAGGACAACAUCAAUGUUGUGGUGAGGGUACGACCGCUUAAUGAGAAGGAAAAACGUGAUAGAUACGGCAUGAUUCUUCAGUUCCCUGGAAAUGGACAAAUUAUUAUCGAAAGCAGUGAGAGAAAUAACAAACGAUCACGAAAUCAAGAGAACGUUCAUGUAUUUACAUAUAACGUUGUAUUUGAACCCGGAGCCACUCAGGAGGAUAUUUUGGAUUAUUCAGGUAUCAAACGCAUCAUUGACAUGGCAAUCGAAGGUUUUAGCUGUACUGCGUUUUGUUAUGGACAAACUGGAUCGGGAAAAACUCAUACGUUGACUGGUCCACCUGAUUUGUUUCAGGGCAAACCAAAUCUAAACGAUCCCCGACAUGGUCUUAUCUUCCGGUCGUUUUUAUACCUCUUCCAGUUGAUUAAAAAUCGAAAGGACGUAAAUUAUGUAUUGAAAGCAUCUUUUCUUGAAAUCUACAAUGAACGAGUGAUUGAUUUAUUGAAUCCAGGAUCAGCGAGAAAACCACUGGCAGUUCGUUGGUCAAAAAAAUCACGAGGAUUCUUUGUAGAGAACCUUUUCACUGUUGAUUGCGAAGAAUUAGAUGACCUGUUAGCAGUUCUGGAAGAAGGGAUGAGAAACCGCGCUGUUGGAUCCCAUGCCAUGAAUGAUCACUCGUCCCGAUCGCAUACCAUGCUCACUGUGCAUAUUAUUUCUGAGCAACAAACCGACGGUGGAGUUUUUAUUUCAAAGCAUGGAAAAAUCAACUUUGUAGAUCUGGCUGGCAGCGAACUCACCAAGAAAACGCUUAGCGAAGGCAAGACUCUGGAAGAAGCUAAUAAUAUAAACAAAAGUUUGAUGGUUUUGGGUUACUGCAUUGCAUCACUGAGCGACGGCAAAAAAAGAUUUGGUCACAUUCCCUACCGGGAUAGCCAACUAACUAAAUUACUCGCUGACAGUUUAGCUGGAAACGGCGUUACACUCAUGAUCGCUUGUGUAUCUCCAGCGCAAUAUAAUCACGCCGAGACCUUGAACACCUUACGUUAUGCGUCAAGAGCCAAACGUAUUCGCACGAAACCUGUCAUUAUGAUGGAUCCACGUGAGGCACUCAUUCUUAGCCUAAAACGUGAUAUAAACGCUUUAGUAAUGGAAAAUGAUCACCUCAAAUCCGCACUCAACUUGCACCAUGAAUCACUCAAGACUCCGAAUGAAAAACACCAGAAUGGAGAAUUAUUGGAAAAGCAUCUUGAGCGUGUUGCCACCGGUGGCAUGGCAGUACCAAAAGUUAAUUUGGAACGAUUAGCAGAGCUGGAUGGCAACGAACUAGCCGAACUAGUGAAGUUAUAUAUGCAAGAGAACGAAGCAUUAAGACAGGAAAACAAUCACCUAUUUACAGUGCGCGAAACCAUACUCAGAGACCAAGAAAUCGUAUGUCGCGAGAAUGAACGAUUGUUAAAAAAGCUUGAGGAUGUUAAUAAGGUUUGUGUGCGCUCACCUCUAAUACUCGCGCGUUCCGCAAUAACGGCCGACUCUGGAAAUAGCACAACAAGAUCCGAGAUUUGGACAAAUCCUCAUGAUGUACCUAUCCACCAGCGCCCUACUGAAAUGGAAGGCAGGAUAUCGGAGAAUAAAGAUAAGCGCUCUGAUGAGGAUCAACGUAUAAUCGAUCAGCAACGCAUUGCAAAAAAUAUUAUAUUAAUGGCCAGUUCAUUUCCGAAAAAGCCUGAUGAGAUAAACAAAGGAGGAUACCAAACUGAAGAAAGGAAAAUGUUACAAAACGACACACCGAAAACUCCCCAAGCAGAUUAUAUGCCAGAUAUGCUUAUGUGAGCAAAUGCACAUGACAGUUAAUGCCGAUAUACUAUAUAUGUAUUAUUGUGACACAAAUAUUUGGUGAACAAAACAUCGUCUAUUAAGUACAAACUGAAAAUACCUGAAGCUAAAUAUAUAUCAUAAGUAUGUGUGUACAUAUAUAUAGAUAUCUAUGCAUAUUACAACGUGAGUUCCAAAGUAAGCAGGCCUUUUUGAAUCCAGCGCCCCUUGUGGCGCCAUCUAUAUGUCGACUAGUGCGUUAGAAUCUGAUAUCUUUAUCGAUUGUUCAGUGA